AGCCAUCUUCAGCAGACGGACAGCGCCGCGUGCAUCAUGAACGGGAGCUUAGCGAACGGAUUGAACGAGGGCCUUAAUGCGCCACCGCCGAAGAUCGCCUUCGAUCGGAGCAUUUCCGCGUACAGUGAGCGAGAUGUGCAGUGCGGGUUUUGGGUUUGCCGUGGACCGUUCUGGCAACGACUUGCCAGCAAGAAGCUGUAUGUGCUGCUGUUCGGUUUGAUUGGAUGUAUUCUCAACUCCACUACGUCCUACUUUUACGGCACACUGACAACGGUGGAGAAAAGCAUCCAGAUAUCGUCUCGCACCGUUGGUAUUAUAACGGCCGGAUCCGAUCUUUCCUUUGUGCUGGCAUCGCUCUUCCUCUCGUACUAUGCAUCGAACCGCCGGAAACCGCUGUGGAUUGCUAUGGGGAUCGUCAGCAUGGCACUGUCCUGCUUCGUGAACGCAUUGCCCCAUUUUCUGUUCGCCAAGGGACGGGAAGAACUGGAGCAGAAUGCUGGAAAUUGGACGAAAGGUGCGGAUAACCUUUGCCGAGAGGAUCGACUAGCGCCCGAUUGCUCACUGGACGUGGGUGAUAUAAGGCCACAGCUCGUACUAUUUUUCGGCAGUUUCCUCUCCGGUAUAGGGACAUCCCUGUACUUUACGCUCGGACUCACCUACCUCGACGAUAACGUGCGCAAGGAGAAGGUACCGUUCCUUUCGAGUCUAGCCGCCUUUGGACGGCGCAUGGGCCCGCUAGUUGGCUUCUCGUUAGCAUCGCUCUGUUUGAAGUACUUCGUGCACGUGGGUGUUGAACCGGGCUACAAUCAAAGCGACCCACGCUGGAUCGGUGCCUGGUGGAUGGGAUGGUUAGUGCUCGGCUCAACGCUAAUCUUCAUUGCACCCUUCUUCGCUAGCUUCCCGAAGGUUCUACCCAGAACAGCGGAACGCAUAUCACUUUCACGACAGGCAAGUCGAACCAGUGGUACGAAUUCUACCACUGCCGAGGACGAUGUCGACCGGGACAGGAAGGUGUCGUUUAGUGACAUGUUGGUGACGGUACGACGCCUUGUCACCAACAAGGCCUACGUGUUCAAUAACGCAGCGAGCAUCUUCUACUUCUUCGGGUACAUGCCGUUCUUCCUGUUUCAGUCAAAGUACAUCGAGAUUCAGUACCGUCUUACACCGUCCCAGGCAAACAUGGUGACAGGAUCUGUCUCGCUCGUAUUUUCCGCCCUAGGGAUACUGAUCGCGGGUAUGGUGAUUCAAAAAUUAAGAGUCACCUCCAGACAGUUAGCCGGCUGGAACGUUAUCACCAGCAUUCUUUCGGCGGCUGGCAUCUGUGGAUACGCAUGGUUCGGUUGUUCCGCACUCAAUAAUGCAGAUAUUGUGUCGAAUUCUCAGGAUGCGUCUUGUAGUUUGGGUUGUAAUUGCGACUUUGUGAAGUAUGCACCAAUAUGUGGAAGUGAUGGACAAACGUAUCUCUCACCGUGUCACGCCGGUUGUAGAGAUAUGUUCAAGGAUCCUAGUGGAACGAUGCUUUACUCAAACUGUUCCUGCAUUCCAAGCCUGCUAUCCAACGGCGACAACAUGACGACCAGCUUUGGCUCCGCCGUAUCCGGUAGCUGUCCCGUGGAUUGCUGGACUCCGUUCUACUUCUUCCUUAUUGUGAUGUGUCUGAACAAGUUUAUCGGUGGAACAGAAUCAGCGGCCAAUUUCCUGAUUGGAUUAAGGUGUGUUGAGCCCCGUGAUAAGGCAAUUUCCAUGGGUUUCUCGAUGGCAAUCAACACACUGUUUUCCUUUCUUCCUGCACCGAUCGUGUUCGGUGCGAUCAUCGAUCGUACCUGUGUGCUGUGGGGCAGGACCUGCGCUAAAAAGGGCAACUGUUGGCUUUACGAUGGUGAAGCAUUGCGUGUCUCGAUGAACUAUACUGCGGCCGUAUUCGUCAUCAUAGGGACCUGCUUCGAUAUGGGUACCUGGUACUAUUCCAAAAACUUCAAAAUAUUUGACGACGCACCCGGCGAGGAGGAUGCAAAGAGCCCGAUAGAAAAGGAACUCGUUACGCUCGUUAGCAAAGAGAAGGAAGAUCCGGUUCAGGCCACACGAGUUAACUAA